AUGUCUGGUUCGUGCUCUGGGCUGGUUAAAUUUGGGGAGAGCAUUGCGGUUGUCGGAUCUGCUGAUUGGCUCGGGUCCUGGACCGAUCCGAAAACCCUCCAAUGGAGCGAAGCCGGCUGGAGCAUUACCCUUGACGCGCCUGCAGGUCAAGACGUGGAGUUCAAAUUUGUGAUUGUAAAGAACGGGAAGAGCGCCGUCUGGGAGGACGGCCCUAACAGGAAGGUGACUGUUCCGGGGGUUGAGCCUCGCGGGAAAGAAUUCAACACCGAUAUCGAUUGGAACAAAACCGCUGCAACCCUGUCGUGGGAGGUUACUAAGGAGGAUAUAGAGGAAUCUUAUAACGAAGCUCCAGUCGGCGGCGACGGCGGGUCCGAGAGCGAGGGGGAGUUUUCAUCCGCGGAAGACGGGGUGGAAUUGGAGGAGAGUGCGUUUGCGCAAAAGUGGGCGGGAAGGGGUGUGGAGUUCAUGCGGAGCAACGCGCACAAGAGCGAGAGGCGCGGCCGGUGGGACACGAGCGGGCUCGACGGGCCGGCUAAGGCGCUGGUGGAGUCUGAUAAGAGCGCGGGGAACUGGUGGCGCAAGCUGGAGGCAGUGGAGAAGCUCCUAUUGCCGUUGGAGCGGGGUCAGCGCCUCGAUGCCAUGAUUUACGCGUCCAUCUACCUGCAGUGGAUCAACACGGGGCAGAUCCCGUGCGUGGAGGACGGCGGGCACAGGCGGCCCAACCGCCACGCGGAGAUCUCCCGCCGCAUCUUCCGCUGGCUGGAGAAGGAGGGCACCAGGGGCUCUGCACUCUCGGCUGAGGAGAAGGUGGUGAUGCGCAAGAUCCAUCCGCGCCUGCCUGCCUUCUCUGCUGACUUCACGGCGUCGGUGCCCCUCACGCGCAUCCGAGACAUUGCCCACCGCAACGACAUCCCGCACAAGCUGAAGCAAGAGAUCAAGCACACGAUUCAGAACAAGCUGCAUCGCAACGCGGGGCCAGAAGAUCUAGUUGCCACAGAGCAGCUGCUGCGCCGGGUGACGCGCACUCCGGGGGAAUACAGUGAAGCCUUUGUGCAGCAGCUGAAGCUCUUCUACGCCGAGUUGAAGGACUUCUUCAAUGCGAGCAGUCUGACGGAGCUGCUGGAGAGCAUUCGCCCCUCUCUGGACGACACGGGCUCUGCCAUGCUACAGAACUUCCUCGCGUGCAAGCAGUCUGUUGACGCACUGCCCUCUUCUGCCCUGGCGAUCGAUGGAGGAGCAGCAGCACAGGGGCGGCAGCGUCCGGGCGGCCGACUGACGAACGACGCUCCUGAUGAGGCCAUUGCCAUGCGCCAGAAGUGGCGACUGGCGGAGAUCUGCCUGGAGGAGUAUUUCUUCGUGCUGUUGAGCAGGUUUCUGAACGAGUUGUUUGACGAGGAAGGGGGGGACAAGGCAGCGGAGGGCAUGGCAGGGGAGAUCCGCAUGGGGCAGCUGGGGCACGUGGGGGUGGCGCUGGGGGCGGCUGUGCUGGGGCUAAGGCACCUGGGGCUGUCCGGGUGGAACCAGGCGGAGUGCUUCUGCCUUGAGAACGAGCUCGCCUCCUGGCAGGCCGCUGGGAUCGGCAGCGCAGGCGUGGCAUCGGAGCAUGACCUGCGGUGGUGGGCGCUGAGGCUCAAGGCAUCUCUGGACCGCAUGAGGCGACUCACAGAGGCCUUCACCGAGACCACGCUUGAGCUCUUCUUUGAGCCCUCGCAGAAGCUGGGCCACGCACUGGGAAUCGAGGAGAACGCUGUGCGGACGUUUGCAGAGGCAGAGAUCCGAUCCAGCGUGGUGUUUCAGUUGGCGAAGCUCACCUCGCUGCUGCUGCGCGUGAUGCGAUCAGUGUUGGGGGCUGAGGGCUGGGAUGUGCUUGUUCCUGGCACUGCUGUGGGCAAGCUCGUAGAGGUAGAGCGCAUAGAUCCCGACCAACUUGCAACUCUCAAGGGCGAGCAGGGGGUGGUGCUGCUGGUGCUGCGCGCAGAGGGAGAUGAGGAGGUGAAGGCAGCAGGAGCCAACCUCAAGGCCGUGGUGCUGCUGCAGGAGCUGCCGCACCUCUCCCACUUGGCCGUCAGAGCCAGACAGGAGGGUGUGCUGCUCAUGACAUGUGAGGAUGAGAACCGAAUCGCUGCCCUUCGCUCCGCUGUUGGCUCUCGAAUCCGUCUCGAAGCAGGAGUGGAAGGAGUGAAGGUCAUUACAGGAGCUGCUGUCGACCAUCACUCCUCGUCCUCCUCCGUGGAUUCUGCCGGUAGUGGUAGCAGUAAGAAGAGCGAGGAUGAAAUGUGGGUGCAGGCACUGAAACCGCAACCUAUCCGAGUGCAGGAGGCGCGGCUGCCAGUGCUGCCACUGCACGAGGCUCAGCUGGCCACGUGUGGCGCCAAGGCCCAUGCAUGCGCUAAGCUGGAAGAGCUCUCCAUUGCCUCCACCUUCGCAGGUGCUGAUUUCUCUGUCCCGCGCUCAGCUGUGAUCACCUUCGGGGUAAUGGAAGAGGCCAUCACCGCUUCCAACCGCCGCACACUCUUCCACCGCCUCGUCUCCACCCUCGACGACCCGAACCUGCAAGGAGCCCCCCUCGACGACACCUGCACGCAAAUCCGCACGCUCCUAGAGGAAUCCCCACUCCCGCCAGCCUUCUUCCGAACCCUCUCGUAUAUUUUCUCCGCGAACGCUCGCCUUAUUGUCCGAUCGAGCGCCAAUGUGGAAGAUUUGGCUGGCAUGUCCGGAGCUGGGCUGUACGAUUCCGUACCUGACGUCACCCUUUCCGAACCUGCUUCGUUCGGCCGAGCCGUAGCCUCGGUGUGGGCGUCUCUGUUCACGCGGCGCGCGGUGCUGAGCCGGCGGGCGGCGGGCGUGCGUCAGAGCGAUGCGGCUAUGGCGGUUCUAGUCCAGGAGUUAAUCUCCCCUCCGGACCUUAGCUUUGUGCUGCAUACUAAGGGGAUUGGCACUGGUGCUGGUGGUGCCCUCGUUGUUCCCAGUCCCCGGCUUGCUAACAGCAACAGUGGCAGCAACAGCAGCAGUGGCAGUGGCAGUAAUGGGAAAGCCACAGGAUCUGUUGCAUCUGCAUCUGCGAGUGGUGCUGCUCCCGGCUCUCCUGCACCGUCGGAUUUCCUCUCCGCUGAGGUGGCACCGGGACUGGGUGAGACUCUGGCGUCCGGCACACGUGGCACUGCGUGGCGCUUUGCUGUUGGGAAAUCCGACGGCUCUGUUCGGAUCCUGGCGUUUGCGAAUUUCAGCGAGAAAAUCGUGAUGGCACCUGCUGCUGGGGGCGGUUCAGUGGGAAGAAAAGCAGGUGGUGGGUCGGGAGGAGGGGGAGGAGUGGCGGCAGCAGGGGGAGGGGUUGUAAUGCAAGCAGUGGAUUACAGUGGUCAGCUGCUCUCUACUUCGCCUGAUGCUCAGGUGGUGCUUGUUAAGAAGCUUUCUGCUGUUGGGUCGUUUCUGGAGGAACGGUUUGGAUCGCCUCAGGACAUUGAAGGGUGUGUUGUGGGGGAUAAGAUCUAUGUGGCCUCCCAUGUAGUCGCAGUCUCCCCUUCCGCGUCGCUUCGCUCCUCCCCUUCCUCCUCCUCCUGCCACGUAUCGUUCCCCGCAUCCACAACUACAGCAGCAGUGCGAACGGCAGCAUCGCACGUGGAACCCGGACGACUCGCGAAUCCGUCAACUCGUAUCGCCCGCGAGUGCAUCUUCUCCGGCGGACCGAAGACCAGAAAAUUACAGCUAUCGAAUGGCAGCCGGAUUCAAUGCAAUUUGACGCCCCCUAUAGUCACAUCCGCUGCGUCUUCCGCUGCAGCGGCAGCCAUGGCAGCUGGGGGCAGCUCCGCUGUGACUAUAGCGAGCAGCUGGUUCACGCUCUGCACGGCUGCCGUCAUCCCCCUUUACACGCUCAUGAUCUUCGCGCCAGACUGGCACGUGACGGAGAGGAUCAUGAGCAGCUCGCUGCCGAGCAUUCUCCUGGGCUUCGUGUACCUCUACCUGCUCUACAAGUCAUGGACGCCCAACACGCUGCUCUACAUGUUCUCCUCCAAAUACUGGCUGCCCGAGCUAGCGGGCAUCACGCAAAUGUUUUCCAGCACUCUCACUGUCGCCUCUGCCUGGAUCCAUCUGCUGGCAGUUGAUCUCUUUGCCGCCAGGCAUGUGUAUUUGGACGGACUGAAGCAGAAGCUAGAGACACGCCAUUCACUCGUGCUCUGCCUCAUGUUCGGCCCUCUAGGCAUCGCCGCUCAUUCCCUCACCAAAACUAUCGCCCAGAUCUUUCGCCGCUCGAGGAGAAGCCGCAACUCAUCGCGGCCUGUACAGGACAUCCCCUCGCCUCCGUGA